AUGAAAUAUGUUGCAACUGCGAGUGAUGAAGAUAAUUCAAUUUUUGGGUGGUCAAUCGUACUGGAACAUUCCGGACAGUACAGAUUUGAUUUUGAUUAUUUAAUUGACUUAAAAGAAUCGAAAUUUGACCAUUCAACUGCUCCCGAAGAAUUCAAAUCUAACCAUUCAACCGAUUCUGAAGAAUCUGACCAUCCAACUAUUUCCAAAGGUUUAGAUAAUUCAAGGAUAAAAUGUAUUUUAUCGGGGGUCUCUGAUUGCAAGCAUAUUUCACUAAUGACAAAUGUAGAUAUCCCUUACAAUUUUGAAAUUUUUGACAUUACAAGUGGGUCAUGGAAAAUGUUAAAUGUUCAAGGUUUAACGGGAAUUAUUGACAGAAUCUCAUUUCUUGAAAAUGGUGAUAUGGCGAUUAUUAAGGGCAGUCCAGUUUAUCGAGCUUAUAUAUUUUCGAAACCAAGUUCUAACAACAAACAUGAGUGGAAAUGCACGAGUUGCAUCGAACUCUCAGAAUAUAAUAAAUGUGUGAUCUCUCAAAAAGGGAAAUUGCUAAUUCUUUCAGAUAUACCUUUUGUAAUUAUGCAAUGGAAUCUGAAAACCCUGGAGCUCGAAACACAAUAUGUAUUGGAUUUAAACUUUUCAGUAGAUGUGGAUAUAGAUCAGAUACAGAUGGAACUUAACGGGGAUAGCACUCUUUUAGCGUUAUUGAGUCCUGACUCAGACACAUUAGUCUCAUCGAAUCCUGACUCAUUUGAUAAACUUAUUGUUAUAUCGGACUAUAUUAUAAGGGACAAUGAUGUUUGUUUGCAAAUUCAAAGAUGGAAUGAUAUCCUUUUACAUGAACAUGAUGAAUCUGGAGAUAACCUUGAAAAUGAACUUGGAGAUGAUCUCGGAGGUUAUAAUAAGAUUGAUGUAUAUUCUUGUGGAAAAGAGAUCAGAAGGAUAGUGCAAAGUACCUUGGAAAAAUAUAAAAUAGUUAAAGAUAUACCAUUGCAUGACCUUCCAAAAAAAUAUUCGGGAAAAUUGUACACCUGGACUGUUGAGCACUCUUCGAAUUAUGUGACAUUAAAGGUCUAUGAAAACGAGAUGGAAAUAGGAGAAAUAGAAGUUUGGAAACAUAAAAUUAAAGUGGGAGAAGUAAAAGAAUUUUCUGUUAAUGAACUUAAAAAAUAUGUUAAGAAAGUAAAAAGCGAUUACGAUGAUUCAUCACGACCAUAUUUGUCUCCAGCCAUUUUGAAAAUUUCUGAAUAUGAUAAAGACAUUGAAGAAAAAAUUGAUGAUUUAUAUAAAAAGAUGGAAGAAUCUGAUAAGAGAUUUGAUAAAGUAAUUAAUUUACUUGAAUCAAUUACACAGAAAAAGAAUGAAGUAGAAGACGAAUAA